CACUACCACAAGUGGCUUGAAUCAACAAAUUUAAACAAGGGAGUUAGAAUAAGGCGGUGGCAUGAGUACGUGUCCCAAUAUCACUUACUAGAGUAAGAGAUCAACACAAAUAUGACUUUCGCCCAGAAGAAACAAUCGAUGAGCAAACAUAAUGUGUUCCUUAAUUCCAUUAUAAUUUAGAAAAUGGUGUUGUUGAUUCAAUCCAAUAUUGGUCGUCGAUCGGCGAUACAAAUUGCCUCUGCUCUCCGUCAGAUUGAUCUUCCUUGUUGUGUGGGAGUGAGAGCGAGAGUGAGAUUUUUGUCGACCAUUGAUGAUGCUGCCCAAAAGCAGAGUAAUGACAAGAAUGUGUUGAAUAAGCCACCUAUAUGCACCGCCGACGAGCUUCAUUACGUCUCCCUUAAUACUUGUGAUUGGAGACUUGCUCUCUGGCGCUACCUUCCUCCUCCGCAGGCUCCAAGGAGGAAUCACCCGCUUCUUCUCUUGUCUGGCAUAGGGACUAAUGCUAUUGCAUAUGAUCUUUCGCCUCAGUCAUCAUUUGCUCGGUACAUGUGUAAUCAAGGAUUUGAUACGUGGAUUCUUGAAGUCCGUGGAACUGGGUUGAGCGUGCGGGAAUCAGAUCCCAAAAACAUUGAGAAAUCUGCGCACACAGCAUCUAAUGAGAUGGAAAUUGCUAAUGACAGAGGUCUUUCUGCAGCACAGCAGUCAACAAAGGUCCAGGGUGCCUCAGAUAAGGACCAUGCAACCUUGGUCCAUGAAGAACCCACUGUGGUUUCAACAAUAUGGAAUGAGUCAAGGCCGGUGACCAAACUUACAGAAACUUUUAUACAUUUGUCAGAGAGAGUCUCUGGUUUUGUCAGUGGACGUUGGUCGAAGAUUAUCUUUCCUAAACUUUUUCGUCUAAUAUCAAAACGACUGGAGGAUUCUUUUCCUCACAAACGAGUCAACGGAAUAAAGAAGAAAUUGUUAAGUCUGCUAGAGAUAAAGGAGAACUCAGCUGUCGUUGAUAGCCAAGUUGAGGCACUGAGCAAGAAGCUAGUAAAUAUCUUUGAGGAAGGUCAUCGUGCUGUUUCAUCCCCACUAUUUGAUCUGCAGCAACAGUUGACAACUGCAGUGGUAGAUUUUCAGGAACAGCUUGACUUAAUCCUCAAGUAUGAUUGGGACUUUGAUACUUACCUGGAAGAGGAUGUCCCUGCUGCGAUGGAAUAUAUAAAGGCCCAAACUAGACCAAAGGACGGCAAACUACUCGCAAUUGGACAUUCUAUGGGAGGAAUAUUACUGUAUUCCAGGCUAUCACGGUGUGGUUUGGAAGGAAGAAAACCUGGAUUAGCAGCUAUUGUUACUUUGGCUUCAUCACUUGAUUACACAUCAUCUAAGUCCGUACUCAAACUCCUUGUACCCCUAGCUGAUCCUGCUCAGAUUCUCAAUGUUCCUGUCAUUCCUCUAGGGACAUUAGUAGCUGCUGCUUAUCCUCUAACAUCUCGUGCUCCUUAUGCCUUGUCUUGGCUUAAUGAAAUGAUAUCUUCCACAGACAUGAUGCAUCCUGAUCAUAUGAAAAAACUUGUAGGGAGCAGCUUUUGUAAUAUUCCUGCUAAGCUUCUUUUGCAGAUGACUACGGCUUUUCAUGAGCGAGGGCUCCGCGAUAGAAGUGGUAAAAUUUUCUACAAGGAUCACCUUCAUAAAAGUAGGGUACCUGUCUUAGCUCUUGCAGGAGACCGAGACCAAAUCUGCCCCCCAGAAGCUGUAUAUGAAACAGUGAAGCUUAUCCCUGAGAACUUAGUGAAGUACAAAGUAUUUGGCGAUGCUGAUGGUCCACAUUAUGCUCAUUAUGACUUGGUGUGUGGACACAUGGCUGCAGAGCGAUUAUAUCCUCGCAUAGUCAAAUUUCUAAGCCGAUAUGAUCGGACCAGCUAGGAGAUGGAUAUGCAUUGACAAUCAUGCUUCAGAUGCUGAGCUUCAUAUCAGUUGGCAUAUCAUUUACGCAUCUCACGAUUGUUUAUCACUACUCGUAUCUGAUGAUUCUAUAAACAAGGGACAUUGUGAAGACCUGAAAGCUGAGGGGAGCUCAUACACAGGAAGGAAUUUGUUAGAUGUGGUUUGUGUCAACCUUGUUUGUAGUAUCAUCCGCUUUGGCUGCUUUUCACCUGACGUUCGACAGGCGUUUGUAAGAACUGAACUCACAAACAUCUAAAUUAGCUUUAUUGGUUUUGUUUUGCUUAUACUAAAUUAGUUUAAGCACUUGUGUAAGGCGUUUGUAAACUAGAAGAAGCAAUUGUUUGAAAUGGUUUCUGUUAAUCAAUUGUGUUAGGCGUUUGUAAAUUAGAA